UCUCUGUUCUCCGUCACUCCACCUCGCUCCGCCCCUCUCCUCCCGGUGGCUCCGCCGGGAUAAGGCCCACCGGCCCCCAGCUGGAGUCCUUCCCAACGCCACAGUGGGAGAGAGGGAGGAGGACUCACGCAGAACCAAACACACGCAGCAUCAAGCAGAGAACCGGACCGGACCGAACUGGAGGGCACUGGGAGGACGCAUAAUGUCCUUGAGCCCAAAGAACUCCACCCCCUUCUCAGUCGCAGACAUCCUGAGCCCAAUGGAGGAGACCUACCGCCGGUUCGGAGGGAUGGAGCCCGCAGCAGGGAGCCUGGGAGCCCCGCUGGGAGCCUAUCGGCAGCCGCAGGGAAACCAGCAGCACCAGCAGCAGCCUCACCUGCACCAUCACCACCACCACCACCACCACCUGUCCUCGCCCUCCUCAUCCUCUGCAGCAGCUCUGGGACCCGGAGCGGCCUACCAUGUUCCCCACGGGGUGCCGCAGUUCUCCGGGGCCGUGGGAGGCUUCUGCAGCGGCGGAGAGCUGCCGUCCUACCAGGAGACGGUGCGGAGCGGAGGGGCCGCAGCCUGGUACAGCAGCCCUGAGCCCCGGUACCAGAGCAUCUCCAGGCUGAUGGGCCCUCCCGGCGCGGUGAACAUUCCCGGGAUGGUGGGGGGUCUGGCCGGGAUGGAUCCCAGCUCCAAGUCCGUGGUGACGCUGCACGCCGCGCAGCGCAGGAAGCGGCGGGUCCUCUUCUCCCAGGCGCAGGUGUUCGAGCUGGAGCGACGCUUCAAGCAGCAGAAGUACCUGUCCGCCCCGGAGAGGGAGCACCUGGCCGGCCUUAUCCACCUCACCCCGAACCAGGUCAAGAUCUGGUUCCAGAACCACCGCUACAAGCUGAAGCGGCAGGCCAAGGACAAGGCCGCCCAGCAGCAGCAGCAGCAGCCGGAGGCCGGCGGGCUGUGCGCGGCCUCCCGCCGUUCCUCCUCUGGGUCGCCGCUCUUCUCUAAGACCGACAAGAGCUGCCGGAGCGAAGCCAAUCAGACCGGGACCCGACAGAGCAGUUCGGCUAACGUGGUGUCGGUCACCGAGCCGAACCAUAACCAGCUGUCCUCCACCGAGGAGCUGGAAGAUAUGUCUCCGAGCCCACCGCUGGGCCUGCAGGCGCACAUCAACAUGACGCAGACGGACGCGGCGCUCAUCGAGUACACCAACAGCAUGCUCGGCUCCAAUCUACUGUACGGGAGAACUUGGUAGAACUUAAGAGGGACGUAGAGGAACCCGGGGAAACUUUCCCGACUGAGGCCUGCAGGAGGGAAAAUGAUCCAGGUUUUCCUUCCAGUGCGUAAAAACUGGUUUCUUUGCGCACAGACUCAGACCUUCAGCGGGUCGGAGGAAAAAUAAAUCCCGACUGAGCCCCGAAUUUUCUCCCGGAUUUCAAGGGAUAUUCCUUAGAGUUCACUGUGUCCAGGACUUCGUUCUGAUCCAAAAAUGAUCCCAGCUCAAUGCUGAAGCUUCACAAACAGAUCUGGACAGAUAUUUUCACUGGGAACGACCUGGCCCAGUCCGUUUUGGUGGCACUGGUUCCGGUACUGAUUGGAGAAGGUUGUGAUUUUGGAAAUUAAAGGCGCUUCCCUGUCAGAUUUUUCAUUGAAGCUUCAUUAUUUUUCUUUUUACAUUUUGGAAUAUUUCAUGUAGAAAAACUGACUGAUUGUAAAACAUUGAUUUAUUUAAAAUAAGUUCGUUUGUCUGAAAUUUGAUCUAAAUAGAAUCUAAGUACAUUUUGGAAAAAAAUUCUGGGACAAAUUUAAUUCCAGCAACAUUUGUUUUAUUCCGUCAUUUUUAUUGGAGACAUUUUCUCUCAGAAACAAACAUUUGGACUAUUAUCUCACCUGGAAAAACAGAUUAAACGGACUUCAUAAACGGCACACAUUAUACAAGCUGGUUUUAAAAAGGGAAAAUAUUGUACAAUGGACAAAAAAAGUAUUAAAAAAAUUCCCAUAAA